AUGAUUAAUACCCUUUAUGGAAGCGUGGGAACACUCAAGAGUGAAAACUCAUGCACAAACGUACCCCCACCAACUUCUCCUAAUGAGUCACUAGUCUCAGAAUUAUCUAAGAAAACCACUACUACUACUACAUAUACUACAACAACUCCAUCCUCUGAUUUGGAACAAAACAGCCUAACCCCAACAAGCCUAAAUUUACCAAACCUGAAAUUCGAGUUGGAUAUCGGCGACGUUGAAGUGCCAUCGCCGACCAGUUCUCUAUGGGAGUCUUUUUUCUCCGAUCAGUUGGAUGGCGAUUAUAUGAUUUCGUCGCCGGUGAGGAAUUAUCCGUCGCCACAACCUUCAACUUACAAUUACAAUUACAACUAUGCCCAGCCGGUAAUGCAGGGGCAAAGUACUCUCUCAGGAUCCUCUCCUCCACGAUUCUCCUCGACCCAGAUUGGACCUUUUACCAGCAUGCAGAAAGGAAAGGGACAAAGCCCACUUCACAGGGUCUUUAACUCACCAAACAACCAGUAUAUGAAGCCUGAGAACCUUUCAGUGCUGUCAUCCAUUGAGGAGUUUUUGGAUGAUUAUGGAAGACAUGAGUAUGAAUACCCGACGGCGACAAAGCUGUCCGGUAUUGGAAGCUCGUCGCAUUAUGAUAUGCCAACCAUGGUUCCGGCAGUGGACGGGUUUUGCGGUUCUGUUCACGAAACAUCGACUCCGGGCGGUCCUCAACCGACCCCAGAUUGCGAUAUUUAUGAUCAAAUGGGCAUUAUUGCAAGUGCACCAUUAUCACAACAGUUGCAACUAGAGCGCAUGCAAGAGAAGCAACUACAGCAGAAGCAGCCACAGCAACAAACAGCAGAACAACAACACCAGAACCUCAACCAUAGCUUGAUGGUGCCUCUUCCUAUUGGCUCUGAGCAGGAACAUGAUAGUGGCCUUCAGCUAGUGCACCUCCUUCUAGCUUGUGCUGAAGCAGUUGCCAAAGAAGACUACAUGUUGGCAAGGAGAUACCUCCACCAUCUCAACCGGGUUGUCACGGCUCUCGGCGACUCCAUGCAGCGGGUAGCCUCCUGCUUCACUGAAGCCCUGAGCGCAAGACUAGCUGCCACGCUUACCAGUACCACCAAACCAACUAGAAAUCCUUUCCCACCAAACUCACUAGAAGUCCUCAAGAUCUACCAAAUCGUCUAUCAGGCUUGCCCUUAUAUAAAAUUCGCUCACUUCACCGCUAAUCAGGCUAUAUUUGAGGCAUUUGAAGCCGAAGAACGUGUCCAUGUUAUAGAUUUGGAUAUUCUUCAAGGCUACCAGUGGCCAGCUUUCAUGCAAGCCCUAGCUGCACGACCUGGUGAGGCUCCGUUUCUCCGGAUAACGGGUGUCGGGAGCUCCAUAGAGUCCGUGAGGGAGACCGGUAGGUGUUUGACCGAGUUAGCUCACUCCCUUCACAUUCCCUUCGAAUUCCACCCAGUGGGUGAGCAACUAGAAGACCUUAAACCCCACAUGUUUAACCGACGAGUUGGUGAAGCCCUAGCGGUGAAUUCUGUCAAUCGUCUCCAUCGUGUGCCUGGCAAUUGUCUUGGGAACUUACUUGCAAUGAUCCGAGACCAAGCUCCCAACAUUGUAACCCUAGUGGAACAAGAGGCGAGCCAUAAUGGCCCAUACUUUCUUGGUAGGUUUCUUGAGGCACUGCACUAUUACUCGGCCAUCUUCGACUCGUUGGCCGCAACGUUCCCGGCAAACUCGGCGCAGAGAGCCAAGGUGGAGCAGUACAUAUUCGCGCCCGAGAUACGCAACAUAGUGGCGUGUGAGGGGGCCGAGAGGAUAGAAAGGCAUGAGAGGUUGGAGAAGUGGAGGAAGAUAAUGGAAGGGAAAGGAUUCAAGGGGGUGCCGCUGAGUGCCAACGCGGUGACCCAGUCCAAGAUAUUGCUGGGUUUGUAUUCCUGUGAUGGGUAUAGGUUGACGGAGGACACGGGAUGCUUGCUUUUGGGGUGGCAGGAUAGGGCGCUUAUUGCAGCUUCUGCAUGGCGAUGCUGA